CUUCCCGGAACGGCCGUUCGACCGCUCUGCCCAAUGCAAUUGUGGAAUCAUUGUGAGCUCUGUUAGAGGAAAGUGCGUUAGUUCCGAUCUGCCACGCGAUGUACGUGGGGCGGAUAGAAUUGGAAACCCCUCGAGGCAUUCCCCGGCCAUAAGCGGUCUACAGUGUCGAUCGUCAACCGUGGUGUUAGUCUGGGUGCGCGAUCGACGCAUUAAGCUGACUGGACCGUGUCCACAUAUGGAACACAGUGGCUACUCGUUUCCUGUCGCAUCUCCACCUCCGUUGCCGUACUGCAGUGCUCACCCAUCGCGCCUCAUCGUGCCGUUGCCACGAAUCCACCGUGAUCAAUUAAAACCCCAAAUCGUGCAGUAUAUAGAGUCGGUUCCGGUGUCGUGCGUUGUGCUUUGUGCUAACUAAAAGAGGGUAUACUUUCGGUUCGGAGUAUUGGUUGAUGGUGAAAAGUGCGUUUAUUGUUCGUUCCUGGGACUGGGUUUCAGUCAUCCUUCAGCAACAUGAGCUCCCAAAAGUUUCUACACUUGAACCUGAGCAGCCCGCAACACGCCCUCAGCGCUAGCUUCGAGGCAAACAAUCUGGCGGAGUUUAACCGGGCGCUUCGCAACGGGGCCAACGUGAACGUGCGCGAUCGGGACGCUGAGUAUUCGCUGUUCGAGACGGCGUGCCUAACGCCUGGAAAAAAGGACUUCAUAAGGGCGUGCCUCAAACAUGGGGCCAGCAUCUCGGAGAGCAAUCCUGUUACCAAAGAGUACCCGGUUCAUCUGGCAGCGCUGUCCGAGGACAGUGAUAAUCUAUCGGUGCUGCUCGAGAACCAUCGACUGUUCGUGGACCAAAAGUUUGAAGAUCGGACCGCACUGUAUCUUCUGUUCGAGCGCAUCUCAAGCGAUAACUGGGUACGAGUGUUUGAGUGCAUCAAGCUGUUACUUAAACAUCAUGCCAACGUGAACGCAACGAACGAAGACAACGUGUCGCCGGUGUCGCUGCUGGUGACGGGGAACGAAAGUUGGCGAAAAGAAAUUUUGACCUAUUGCCUCAACAACUACAGUGUGAACGUGGACUUUCGCCGCAAACAGGCCCGCAAAGCGAUCGAAAAGUACUUCCCGGACGUAACGAUUCCCAUCUACGACAUGGAGACCGUCACGGUGGAGCAGCUGAGAAGUAAACUGUCCGCCGGUACGGAGGAAGAAUUCCUUAGGGCGUACGCCAAAUACGGCACCCAGCACAAAAGUCAGCCCCUGCGAGAUGACGAGCUAAGGGAGCUGCUGGCCGUGGCAGUGUACCGGGCGAAGCUGGAAGCCGCGAAGAAGUUGGUGGAACCGAAGCUCGUCAACGGUAGUUUGGCGGCCGGUGCUCAGUCGCUUCUGUCCGGGCUGCUGGCCAAAUGCUGCAACCGCGGCAGUGUGGCAUUGCUGGAGUGGUUGCUGCGUAUCAUACCGAAAGAGGACGCGGCGCUGGUGAACGAGGAUCCGCUGCUAUCGCUGCUGGUGAAGCAGAUCGAUGUGUACAAGGACAAGAACAAAUGUCCGUUCUUCAGAAGCAUGAUCAUGCUUUUGAAUGACCCUCGAAUCGAGAUCGAUAAACCGGACAGUGUGACCAAGCGGACUGCACUGCAUUUCGCGGUGAAGUACAAGAUCGACCACGCCCAGGAACUGCUACUGUCGAAGGGCGCCUAUCUCGGCGGGGAAGACAUGUUCGGGGAGCUUCCGGUUUGCGAGAUGGAUCCCUUCUUGCUGGAAAAACAUCUUGAUUCGUGCGUUUCGUCCAACGACCGGAAGCCCGGGGACGAGGACUACGAAGUGAAGAUCGAUUUCUCCAACUUGACCCCACCGGUUCACAAACCGAACCAUUCGGAUCAGACGCGGGCCCAGCUGGCGAAGGCCUAUGCUAUGCCCUACGAGGACGAAAUGUUGCCCAUCGUGCGCCUGGCGCAAUCGUCUGACACCAAACGGCUGCUGCGGCAUCCCGUGGUUUCCAGCAUACUGCUGCUGAAGUGGCUCAAGCUGAGUAUCUUCUUCUACAUCAAUCUGCUGAUUUGUACGAUAUUUUUCGUAUCGUUUACGCUCUUCGUGGUUUUCUGUUACGGACGGGACGAGGCCCGUUUCAAGCUGUUCCUUCACGCCCUGUCAUUGGCCGGGCUGGCGUAUCUGGUCAUCCGAGAGCUCGUUCAGUUCUUGCUAAACAUGCGCGUCUACAUACGGUCGGUGGAAAACUACAUGGAGAUACUGCUGAUUCUGGCCUCCAGCACGGUGCUGCUGCACGAGUUUGGCGAAGAAACACGGCGCGUUGCAUCGGCGUGCGUCAUCCUGCUGUCGGCGUUCGAGUUUACGCUGCUGGUGGGCACCCUGCCGUUGCUGUCCAUCUCGACGCACAUGGUCAUGCUUAAGACGGUGUCGAAAAAUUUCCUCAAAUGCUUGGUACUGUACUCCAUCAUCUUGCUCGCGUUUGCAUUCAGUUUCUACACCCUGUUCCGGGUGGACGGUUCGAAACGAGCGGACAGCCCACCGGCGGCGGCGACGGAUUCACAAGCCAGCGGCCAGAAAAACGACGCCGAUGACGACGAUCAGUUCAAUCAGUUUGGUGAAAUACCGCUGGCUCUCAUGAAGACGGCUGUUAUGUUGACCGGCGAAUUCGAAGCAGCCAACAUCAAGUUCAACCAAUCAAGCAUAAGCUAUUUCGUGUUUGCACUGUUUUUGUUUUUCGUGUCCAUCGUGCUGUUUAAUCUGAUGAAUGGCUUAGCAGUCAGUGAUACAACGACUAUUAAGGCCGAAUCGGAACUGAUCGGCAUCACACAAAAGGUGUUUGUGAUUUACAAAUAUGAAAAUGCUCUAAAAACUUCCAAGCCGAUUCGAUGCAUCACUGACCACUUGUCGUGGUUGUACCCUGCCAACAGUUUGCAGCUAUUUCCAAACAUUGUGCCUCUUCGGCACAUUUUGAUUAAACCGAACCAAUCGAACGCCAUUUUAAUACCGUCGCUCGUCAACCGGGCCGGUCAGCAGGACCCGGAAAAGGGCGCGAUGGAGCUGGAGAAAAAGUCCGAAAACGAUCAGCUGCUGCAGCAGACGGACAAAUUCGGUACCCAGUGUUGCAUGCCUUGCUUCAACCGGAACAUGGAUGGCAAAAUUGUGAAAUAUGCGCUGGAAAUUUUGCACUCGCGCCAAGAAAACGUGGGCUCGAUCGAGUACAGAGUUUCGCGCAUCGAGCAGAGCAUCGAAAGGGUGGCACAGGAGCAGGCAGAGUUGAAACGGAUGUUAGAAUCACUGAUCACGACACUAUCUACGAAAUGAGUGUUCAUGCGACGGAGACGAGUGCUAGCCAUUUAAGUGCAACGUACUGGAGCCAGUUAUUUAUCGAGCGUGUUAUGUACGCAGGGUUCGAUGUUUUUAAAACGGAUUAGCACUUCCUCGUAAUUUUGUACCACUUAACGAUACUUACCUCACAGAAAGUAGUACGCGCAGGCCAUUAUUUUUAGUGAACAUGUUUAGGCGAAGAGUACGUGCGUACCAGUUGUUUUUAUCUGAAAUCACAAGUAUCGAAAAUAAAUUAUUGCUUCUGUUAACAAAUAAAGUAUUUUUAUCGCUG